UUUCCGAGGAGGCUGCACCGGGGCUGUGCUGCUGGGAGAUUUGGGGUGUCCCGAAGAUGACGCCCCUUUUGGCUGACGAUUCCGUCCUUAUUUACUGUGUGACAAACACAGCAGGGUUUGGAAGGGCCCUGUGAUCCUUUGGCUUUAGAAUGGGCAAUGCUGUUGAGAAGCAGAAGCCCCUGAGGAAAAGCACUGUGUGUCCCUGGAAACCAGACUCUCAGCGCUCCCACCUCUCCUCCUUCACCAUGAAGCUCAUGGACAAAUUCCACUCGCCCAAAAUCAAGAGGACGCCGUCGAAGAAGGGCAAGCCGGCCGAGGUGUCCGUGAAGACCCCGGAGAAGCCUGUCAACAAGGAGGCAAGAGACAGAUUUCUACCAGAGGGCUACCCUAUCCCCUUGGAUCUGGAGCAGCAGGCAGUAGAAUUUAUGUCCACCAGUGCUGUGGCUUCCAGGUCUCAGAGGCAGAAGAACCUGAGCUGGCUGGAAGAGAAAGAAAAGGAAGUGGUCAGUGCCUUGCGCUACUUUAAGACCAUUGUAGACAAAAUGGCCAUUGAUAAGAAGGUGCUGGAGAUGCUCCCAGGCUCGGCCAGCAAGGUGCUAGAGGCCAUCCUGCCCCUGGUGCAGACAGACCCACGGAUCCAGCAGAGCUCAGCUCUGUCGUCCUGCUACAGCCGAGUGUACCAGAGUCUCGCCAACCUCAUCCGGUGGUCAGACCAGGUGAUGCUGGAAGGUGUGAACUCAGAGGACAAGGAGAUGGUGACAACGGUGAAGGGCGUCAUCAAGGCGGUGCUGGACGGAGUGAAGGAGCUGGUCAGGUUGACCAUCGAGAAGCAGGGCCGACCGUCUCCGACGAGCCCUGUGAAGCCCAGUUCUCCAGCCGGCAAACCCGACGGCCAGCCCGAGCUCCCCCUGACUGACCGAGAGGUGGAGAUUCUAAACAAGACGACAGGGGUGUCGCCGUCGGCCGAGUUGCUGCCAGACGCUGCAGAUGAAGAGGUCGCACCCCCCAAGCCUCCUCUACCUGGCAUCCGGGUGGUGGACAACAGUCCACCAGCACUGCCACCCAAGAAAAGGCAGUCGGCUCCGUCCCCUACCCGUGUGGCCGUGGUGGCCCCCAUGAGUCGAACCACCAGCGGCUCCAGCUUGCCUGUUGGAAUUAACCGGCAGGACUUCGAUGUGGACUGUUACACGCAGAGGCGACUCUCGGGAGGCAGCCACUCGUACGGCGGGGAGUCGCCCCGCCUGUCCCCCUGCAGCAGCAUGGGCAAGCUCAGCAGGUCUGAUGAGCAGCUCUCCUCUCUGGACAGGGACAGCGGGCAGUGCUCCCGGAACACAAGCUGUGAAACACUAGAUCACUAUGACCCCGACUACGAGUUCCUGCAGCAAGACCUCUCCAACGCAGACCAGAUACCUCAGCAGAUGGCCUGUCACCUCAGCCCAUUGCCAGAGUCCUUGGGGGAGUCUGGGUCUCCGUUUCUUGGCCAUCCUUUCCAGCUGCCACUUGGCAGCUGUCCCCAGCCCGAGGGCCCCUCAGCCACGGACACCCCACCCGCCCUGCCUGAAAAGAAGCGCAGGAGUGCAGCCUCGCAGACCGCGGACGGCUCUGGCUGCAGGGCGUCCUAUGAGCGGCACCCCUCGCAGUAUGACAACAUCUCAGAGGACGACCUGCAGAGCUCCACGCCGGCCCCAUCCGUCCCCUACUCGCCCUUCGCUGCUCUCCUGCCCUUCCAGCAAGGAGGCUCCUCAGUGCCCAUGGAGUUUGUGGGUGAUUUCACCACUCCCGAGUCAGCGGGUGACCCCGAGAAGCCGCCUCCUCUGCCGGAAAAGAAGAACAAGCACAUGCUGGCCUACAUGCAGCUGCUGGAGGACUACUCGGAGCCUCAGCCCUCCAUGUUCUACCAGACGCCGCAGAGCGAGCACAUCUACCAGCAGAAGAAUAAGAUGCUCAUGGAGGUGUACGGUUUCAACGACUCCUUCAGCGGGGGGGACUCCAUGCAGGAGCUGGCCCCACCACCCGCCCUGCCCCCCAAGCAGCGGCAGCUGCAGGCCUCCUAUGCUGCUUCUUCCUUCUCCUCUGUCUCCCACUGUGUCCAGCAAACUAAAGUGGCCUUCACCCCCGAUGACGGCAGUGCCACUCAGGGCCUCAGUGUGUCCAUGUCUAACUCCUUUCUCAGCCGGCAUGGCAGCUUGCCUGUGCCCUCGUACAAGUCUGUGUUUAGGUCCUACUCCCAGGACUUCGUGCCUCACCACCAAGCUUCCAUCCAACCUUUCCUUCCGCCUACCUCCUCUUCCUCUCCACAUUUCCCACCUGUCCACCCGUCUCCAAGCUUGGACUUGGCGGGCCCCGCCGUAGCCAGCCCACCUCCCCGCACCGUGGAUGGGCCUCUCUCAUCUUCCCAGGAGAGCAGCUUUCAUGGGAACCCUGUCUGCCUUCCUUCCGAAAGCUCUUUCACUGAUCCGAGCGAGAAGGCCAGCGAGGAAGCUGGUGAGGGUGAAUACGUCAGUCUGUAUUCCUCGGGCCAGAGCAGUGUGGAACUGGCUCGCUCUCGAGGAGAGACGCCCACCGGGAAAGAUGGGCACCCCAGGGACCCCUCAGUGGGGAGCAGCAUACCUGGCAAGGACAGCAGAGAUGGCAGUGAGAGAGUCCCGAAGUCGCCAGAUGCCCUGGAGUCAGCUCAGUCAGAGGAGGAAGUGGACGAGCUGUCCCUCAUCGACCACAACGAAAUUAUGGCCAGGCUGACGCUCAAGCAAGAGGGUGACGACGGGCCGGAUGUCCGUGGAGGAUCAGGAGACAUCUUGCUGGUUCAUGCUACUGAGACGGACAGGAAAGACCUGGUCCUGUACUGCGAGGCCUUCCUGACCACCUACAGAACCUUCAUCAGCCCCGAGGAGCUCAUCAAGAAGCUGCAGUACCGAUACGAGAAGUUCUCGCCCUUCGCCGACACGUUCAAGAAGCGUGUGAGCAAGAACACAUUCUUCGUGCUGGUGCGGGUUGUGGACGAGCUCUGCCUGGUGGAGCUGACGGAGGACAUCCUCAAGCUGCUGAUGGAGCUGGUCUUCCGCCUGGUGUGCAGUGGGGAGCUCAGCCUGGCCCGCGUGCUGCGGAAGAACAUCCUGGACAAGGUCGACCAGAAGAAGCUGCUCAGGUGUGCCAACUCCGACCAGCCCCUGGCAGCCAGGGGCGUCGCGGCCAGGCCCGGGACCCUGCAUGACUUCCACAGCCACGAGAUAGCUGAGCAGCUCACCCUGCUGGACGCCGAGCUCUUCUACAAGAUAGAGAUUCCUGAGGUUCUGCUUUGGGCGAAAGAGCAGAAUGAGGAGAAGAGCCCCAACCUGACCCAGUUCACAGAGCACUUCAACAACAUGUCUUACUGGGUCCGCUCCAUCAUCAUGCUGCAGGAAAAGGCGCAGGACCGGGAGCGGCUGCUCUUAAAGUUCAUCAAAAUCAUGAAGCACCUGCGGAAGCUGAACAACUUCAACUCCUACCUGGCCAUCCUCUCGGCGCUGGACUCGGCGCCCAUCCGCAGGCUGGAGUGGCAGAAGCAGACCUCGGAGGGCCUGGCCGAGUACUGCACGCUCAUCGACAGCUCGUCCUCCUUCCGCGCCUACCGGGCCGCCCUCUCAGAGGUGGAGCCCCCGUGCAUCCCGUACCUGGGUCUGAUCCUGCAGGACCUGACCUUCGUCCACCUCGGCAACCCCGACUACGUGGAUGGCAAGGUGAACUUCUCCAAGCGCUGGCAGCAGUUCAACAUCCUGGACAGCAUGCGCUGCUUCCAGCAGGCGCACUACGACAUCCGGAGGAAUGACGACAUCAUCAACUUCUUCAAUGACUUUAGCGACCAUUUGGCCGAGGAGGCUCUGUGGGAACUGUCUCUGAAAAUCAAGCCCAGGAACAUAACCCGGAGGAAGACAGACCGGGAGGAGAAGACCUAGGAGCGGCACCUGCCGGGACCAGACGCUCAGGAGGCCCGGAGAGGACUCAGACUGCCCGGCUCGGCCCGGCUCCCUUCCUGCAGGAGCAGCCCGAGCCCCGGCCCAGGCCCCCGCGGAGGGAGCGGAGCAGCAGGCGGCCAGGACUGAGCGCACCCGGCCCUGGUCCGGUUCCUGCUCCCCUCCCCUCCCUGUCCUCGGGCGCAGGAGGGGCCGUCGUGCAGGCUGGCAGGCUGGUGGGUACCUGCUGUCCAGCCCUGGAGCUGGGCUGCGCGUUUCACUGGAGUGGUGACGGGUGGCACUCAGCCACCCUGGAGCUGGCUGCAGACCUGUGGUGCCCUACCCCACCCGGGCCCCCUCACCGGUGUGCUGUGCAGCGCAGCCCCCGCCUGCCGCCUGCCGCCAGAGUGCCGGGGAGCAGGGGUGAGCGGGCGGGAGGGGAGGACUCGGCCACCACAGAAACACUGGUGAGGGCCACCCUCCGCGGUGCUCGCUGUGUGCCUUAACUCCCCUCCUGCCCUUCCCACCCCACCCCAGGGCCAGCAGGUCCCUCAGGAGAGCAGCUGCCUGGGAGCUUGGCGCAGAGUGGGAGGGGACCGGUCCUCCCCACGGGGGUUGACAGUCGGCUCAGCGGCCAGGUGCCCCAUGGAAGGCCCCUGCCCACCUGGCUGUACAGCCACCAACCGGGGCCAGCAGGCAGGCGAGGGUCCAGAGGUGCCACCAGCCCCGGUGCUGUUCAGUCAGGAAUGCCGGGACCUACUUCCACUUCCCUGACCCAAAUAAGGGAAGGAAGGCCAGGCCGAGAGCAGCACCUGCCCACUGCGUGCGGAAGUCUCACCCGCCAGGCACCCUGCGCCCUCCCUGGAUCUCUGAGCAGCUUUUAUCCCGGAAAACGGGGUGGUUUCCUCUCCCUCUUGGCUGUUCUGUCUGUCCUGUACAUAGGGAGGAGGAGACGUGUGAGCUGUCUCCCCGAGGCUCCCCUCUGGCAGCUGUCCUGCUGGCUGGCCGGAACCUGUCACUUUAUUAUUUAAGGAGUGUGCGUGUGCAGUCGCGGUUUAUUAACAGUAUUGUGUGGGUUGGGUUUUUAGUUUGUGCCCUCUCCCGGAAGUCCUCCCAUUUCAGCCCUGCCUCCUCCUGCCUUCACCCUCGCCAGCUCAGCGGGCGCUGCCCUGUGCGCUUGGAGCCCGGGCUGUGGGAAUGAGAUGGCCUGCCUUUCUGAGAGCCCCAGGAAGCUCCCAUGCGGCACAGCAAAGCCAGGGCUGCCCCAGCCGGGCCUGCCUGCCGAGUCCCCGUGGACACAGGUGCAUCUGUGGCAGGACCUUCCUGCCAAAGCCCGGGGGUCGGAUCAGAGCGGUGCUUGAGCAGAGUGCUCCCCGCGGUGCUUGGUGGCCUGAGCAGGGCAUCCAGGUGGAGGAGCGCGGAGACAGGGCAGCAUCCCUUGCUGACCACGUGAGGCCAGCGGGCCGUGUGUGUGUGUGUGUGUGUGUGUGUGUGUGUAUGUGUGUAACUUACCCGCCUCUGGCUGCCCCUGGGCUGUUCUGGGAGCCAAGCGAAUCCUGGGACGUUGGGCCUGCAGUGGACACGCAGACCUCUGGGUGUCGUGGAGCAGGCCCGGCUUGAGCCCCUACUCCAGCUCCCAAGCCCACGGCGCUGCGGCCGCCCCAUGAGCUCCCCAGUGUCCCAGUAUCACAGACCCCACUGGCGGUCUGACAGUGGCGUCUUCCCACAGACAUUUCAAAUGUGUAAUUUUUAUAUGAAAGAAAAAUAAACGGAUGAACGCUGCCCAGUGA